AUUCGAUAUCGACGUACCUGCCGCAUUGCCGCCGCAUUCUUUUCCUCCAAGUCCAUGAUCCUGAGCUCAGGUCGGCAAGAUGGCGUCCAUCGCUGGUGGUAGCCAGAGGCAGUCGCCGCCCUACUCUCAGCUCGGAGCAUCGACCCAGGCUACUCAAGCCACGCAGAGCUCGCUGCCACUCGUCGCUGGCAGUCCUCUUUUGCAAGGUGGAGCAGGACGACUUCACAACCUCCAUGCGUCCAUCACCGACGAGACAGGGUGCAUCGUAGUUUCUUCGCGAUACAAACUGCCGUCAGGACCCCCAACACCGUCGAAGAGAGGCAAUCACAAGGCGUCAUCUCCGCCUGCGUCAGCUCUCGGAUCCUGGCAGGUGAUCGUCUCGAGGGCGGUCGAGGGCAGCGUAGGUUGGUAUACGGCACAGUGGGAGGGGCAACAACUCAAGUCGCUGCUCGAUAGAUCCGUCAAGACGCUCGUCGCUCUCGAGACCAAAUGCUUCGAGGCCUUCAAGGCAAAGCAGCUCACCGUCGACUUGCCGUACGGUCCAUCAGGUAGCAUGACGCUCUGCAUAGGCAACGCUACGACCAAGCAGCUGCCGCUAUCCAUCAAGCUGAUCAAGGAAAGUGACUCACAGGCUCUCCUUCUCGCUACGUACACAGCCGUCGAGCUCUGCAGGCAAAGUGAAGGUCGCCGCCAACUCCUGGACUCAACGCAGGCCAAGCUAGACCAGAGUCGCAAGCUAGCAGGCGUGGCUCCACCCUCUCAGCCCGCCAAAGUGGACUCGUCGCUCGUCAACCCGGGCCGUAUCAAGCGCAAACGUGAUGAUGACGAGGGUUUCGAAGGGGACGAUGAGGAGGUGAAUCAGGGAGAGGACGAGGACGAGGACGAAGAGAUGACCAAGGCGCCGAGCCGGGUCGAGAAUGGCGUCAAGGGCGGAGAAGAGGAUAAGAGGGAUAUCAAACUGGGCAAUGGCGGCCGGGAUGGUGGAUGCAGUAAGGACGAGGAAACGGAGUCCGAGGAGGAGAUGCUCUAGUCGAGGCAGGAAGUCCUCAUCGUGCACCAUUUGUCACCUAUCUCUCAUCUUGAUACCUCUCGCAUCAAUUCUCCCUUUCACUACCUUCGCAAGAUCCUGUC